AAUAGAAAAAUUGAAUCUACUGAAUCCAAAGCGUCGGCUAGUAAAAUUUAUAAUGAAGCCUUCGUUGUGGUGCUAUGACAUGUUUGAAUUUCUCGAUCACUUCUCGUAAUUCGCGGUCGAAUAGAGAUGACGCCGAUGAAAUUGAGGAAAUUGCUAACAUCAUCGAUUCUAAUGAUAACACAACUAUGGAUACAGAAGUAAUUCCAUAAAAUACAACACAAAACUCUGUAUCUCAAGAACUGCAGCAGGAGCCAGCCGUACAACAACCAAGAGUAUCAAGACCCGGUAAAAAAACACCGAGCCAGAUAAAUUAAUAAAUGAAAUAUUAAAUUCAAUUAGGCAUCAUUUCAAACGACCUGCAGCUUCACUGCCACCGCCAGAAGACCAGUAUGAUUUACUAGUUUUCUAUUUAAUAGACAAUCGCCAAAAUGAUUCGAAAAUUUAGCUCCAAACAGCUAAGAAGCGUCAUAGGAAGGCAAGAAAAUAAAUUAAAAUCUUUAUCAGAGAUGCCGCGCCCAACAUCUCUACCUAUAAUAGGGACGAAAAUUGAUUUAUUUAUGAGAGGUAGAGGAACAAGAAUUCAUGAAUAUGUUGAUGAGCGCCACAAAAACCUGGGUAAAAUAUUCACGGAAAAGUUUGGUACAACCGAUUUAAUAUUUAUUAGCGACGCUGAACUUAUUAAAACAUUGUUCAUGAAUCUAGAAGGAAAGUAUCCUAUGCAUAUACUACCAGACCCAUGGGUUUUGUAUGAAAAAUUGUAUGGCUGUCAAAGAGGUCUUCUGUUCAUGAACGGCGAAGAAUGGUUGUCCAAUAGGAGACUAAUGAAUAAGCAUUUGUUACGAGACGGCGCUGAAUUGACGCUUCGAGAACCGAUCGUAAACACAAUUGAAAAGUUUAUUGAUUCUUGGAAGAGAAAAGUUAAAAAUAAUGAGGAAAUUAUUGAUAUUUCAUCGGAGUUUUACAAACUGUCUAUAAAUGUUCUUAUAAAUAUCUUAAUGGGAACAAAUAUACCAACUCCAAGCAGACAUUACGACGAAUUGCUUUUAAAGUUUUCGUCAUCUGUGAAAGAUAUAUUUGAAACGACGACGAAAUUAUACGGCCUACCAAUAAAUUUGUGCCAACAACUUAACCUAAAACUCUGGAGGGAUUUUAAGGAAUGUGUAGACUUGUCAUUACUAUUGGGCAAUAAAUUGGUUACUGAAAUGUUACACUUACAAAAGAAAGGGAACUACAAUGGUUUAUUGAAUAAAAUAAUUGAUGAAAAUAUGGACGAAAAAACUAUAUCUAGAAUAUUAACAGAUUUUAUUAUGGCAGCAGGGGAUACGACCGCUUACACCUCAAUGUGGAUUUUGUAUUUAUUAUCUGAUAAUAUAAGCGAAAUUAGUGAAAUUCGGCGCAAGAAACAAUCAUAUAUUCAGUUUGUUAUCAAGGAAGCAAUGAGAUUAUAUCCCGUGGCCCCUUUUCUUACUCGAAUAUUACCGAAAAACUGUUGCCUUGGAGGUUUUGAAGUACACCAAGGGACCCCAAUAAUUGCAUCAAUUUAUACAUCAGGCCGUGAUGAUGGUUACUUUAGUAAGCCUUGUGAAUUUCUACCAUUUCGUUGGGACCGGAAUGAUUUAAGAAGAGAAAAUCUUGUCAAUCAUAAAGCAUCUGCAUCAUUGCCAUUUGCACUUGGUGCUAGGUCUUGCAUCGGAAAAAAAAUAGCAAUAGUUCAACUAACUGAACUUGUAUGGCAGAUCGUGGACAACUUUGAUUUUAAGUGCACAAAUACUGACAACAUUAAAGCAAUUACGUCGCAAGCACUAGUGCCAAAUAAAAAGAUUGGUAUCAAACUAACUCUUAGGAAUAAAACUUAAAUCGAAGAAAAACAAUGACGAUGGCAGUAUAAAUGUUUAAUAAUUUCGCUACUUAACAUUAUUAUAAUAUAUUUACAUUCAUUUGAAUUAUGUUAACAUGUAAGUUAUUAUUUUAAGAAUAUUGUACAACCUAAUAUUAUUAUUAUAUUCCCAUACACGAAAAUUCAGCUAAGUUCAGGGCUAAGUUUAUAUAACCGUGCAUUGCAAAUAAUUAAUACAUAUUUUUAAUGGCACUCAUUUAACAUAGAAUGCCUAAAUAUAAUUACAUACAUUAACUGAUCACCAUGACAAUACGAAUACUAAGAUAUAUUCAAACAUGUACAUUAUAUUUAAAACUAUACAUUUAUUUUCACAAAAGAUGGCGGUAUAAUACGCAAAAUUAUAUUUAUUCUACUAAAAGAAUCAGCCACAAUAAUGCAUGGGUUUAGUUAUAAUAACGUAAUUGUUUAAAUGCUAAUAUCUAAUAAAUUCAUUUCCAUUAUAUGACUUAUCCUAAGUACAUA